CACAACAAUAUCACAUUAUUAUUAAGUACAAGUACAGAUCUGCAAUCAACAUAUAGUGACUAGUUACUACUUCUGUCACUAACUUUAGUCAAAACCCAAACAAUCUGAACCCAAAUUCCAUUUCAGAUCACAAUGCUAUACCAUAAUAAACGACUCGUCGUUUUCCUCUUCCUCACCACUCUCCUUCUCAUUUCUUCAUUCUCUUUCACUCUUUCAGAAAAAACCCAAAACAACGACGACGACGAUGAAGAUCUCAGCUUCCUCGAAGAACCAGAAGACACCACCACCACCCACCACGACCACGCUGAUUUCCCAGAUCCCGAUAACUUCGACGACGACGACGAAGGCGAUGACGGCGACGAAUUCGGCGAUUUCUCCGGUUACGAUCCUCACUCCGAUGAAGACUUCAAGGAACCAGAAGUGGAUGAGAAAGAUGUUGUCGUUUUGAUUGAGCGAAACUUCACUACCGUAAUUGAAAACAACCAAUUCGUGAUGGUUGAAUUUUAUGCUCCGUGGUGUGGACAUUGUCAAGCUUUGGCGCCAGAGUAUGCUGCGGCGGCGACGGAAUUGAAGAAAGAUGGUGUUGUUUUGGCUAAGGUGGAUGCUUCGGUGGAAAAUGAAUUGGCUUAUGAGUAUAAUGUUCAGGGUUUUCCUACUGUGUACUUUUUCAUCGAUGGAGUUCAUAAGCCUUACAAUGGCCAAAGAACUAAAGAUGCUAUAGUGACAUGGAUCAAGAAGAAGACAGGACCUGGUGUAUACAACAUAACUACAUUGGAUGAUGCUGAACGCAUAUUGACUUCUGAAACUAAAGUUGUUUUGGGAUUCCUUGACUCCUUAGUUGGUGCUGAAAGUGACGAGCUAGCUGCAGCAUCAAAACUUGAGGAUGGUGUCAAUUUUUACCAAACCGUGAUUCCUAAUGUGGCUAAGCUUUUCCAUAUUGACCCAGAUGUCAAGCGCCCUGCUUUGGUCUUGCUCAAGAAAGAGGAGGAGAAACUUAACCAUUUUGAUGGCCAAUUUGUAAAAGCAGAAAUAGCCAACUUUGUAUCAUCCAACAAGCUUCCGUUGGUCAACAUUUUUACAAGGGAAAGUGCUCCCGUGAUUUUUGAAAGUCCAAUCAAGAAACAGUUGUUGCUGUUUGUGACUUCAAAUGAUACAGCGAAGUUCAUCACAGUAUUUCAAGAAGCAGCAAAGCUUUUCAAGGGGAAGCUGAUCUUUGUUCAUGUGGAAAUGGAUAAUGAAGAUGUUGGAAAGCCUGUUGCAGAUUAUUUUGGUCUUUCUGGAAAUACUCCCAAAGUACUUGCAUUCACAGGAAAUGAGGAUGGCAGAAAAUUUUUGCUUGAUGGAGAAGUGACCAUUGACAAUAUUAAGGCAUUUGGGGAAGAUUUCCUUGCAGACAAGCUAAAACCUUUUAUCAAGUCGGAUCCAAUUCCUGAAAGUAAUGAUGGUGAUGUGAAAAUAGUUGUUGGCAAUAACUUCGACGAAAUUGUCUUGGAUGAGUCGAAGGAUGUUCUACUUGAGGUUUAUGCUCCUUGGUGUGGCCAUUGCCAAGCCUUGGAACCAACAUUCAACAAGCUCGCAAAACAUCUUCAUAGCAUUGAAUCUAUUGUAGUAGCCAAGAUGGAUGGAACAACAAAUGAGCAUCCUAGGGCAAAGUCUGACGGGUUCCCCACUCUUCUCUUCUACCCUGCAGGAAAAAAGAGUUCUGACCCUAUUACUGUUGAUGUGGAUCGUACAGUCGUGGCUUUUUACAAGUUCCUCAAGAAACACGCAUCAAUUCCAUUCCAACUCCAGAAACCAACCACAACUUCUAAAACCAAUGAUAGUGGGAGUUCUGACAUCAAGGAAAGUCAGAGUAGCAUCACAGAUGCGAAAGAUGAGUUAUGAGAGCUAAAGGAAACUUCUAUUUAUGAAGAGGUUCGACAGAUGACAAGAGUAGAGUGACUAGCUGCUCAGCAAAGAAAAUAGCACAAUGACUGAGUGAGAAAAAUCGUCUAUUUUCCCUAACCUGCCCAAAAGAGACAGAUAAGAAAAUGGUAGUGGAAAAAUGAUAUUGAUAUUUACCUGUGUAUUAGUUUCUUCAGCUUUAAAUGUUUUUGUAUUAGAAUUUUGUGAGACUGAGUUGAAUGAAAUAGAGUCCAAAGUUUUACUUUAUCA